AUGGCAUUGGUUCCAUUCUUUUGUGGAUCAGCAUCAUACUCAAUCCCACAAAUGUCGCACCUUGACUUCUUAUUGCCGUCCUUGUCAUUGAACUUUGAGAACUGCUUCCAACAUGGAGCACGUGGCUCCAUAUCUUUCCUUUUUGAGGAUCGAAUAUGUGUUGUAGAACGAACACCAGCAGGAGGAGCUGAAGGAUCACCACCCCCUGGCUCGGGAACUUCAUUCUCUGAUGAUUCUUGGUCCUAA